AUGCUUGGACUACAAGGGGAUAGGUCUCAUGCUGCCGUAACUUCCAUGUGCUUUAAUCAGCAAGGGGACUUACUAUUUGUGGGAUAUGGUGAUGGGCAUAUUACUGCUUGGGAUGUGCAGAAAGCAUCUGCAGUGAAAGUAAUUAGUGAACAUAAUGCACCUGUAGUACACUUGUUAUACCUGGGGCAGGAUUCUCAAGUUACUCGUCAGUUUAAUGUGAUUAGUGGCGAUAGUAAGGGUUUGGUUGUGUUGAUCCAUUUCACGGUGAUGCCUUGGGUUAAUAGGUAUUCCUUCAAAACAACGAAACUCCUUGAUGAAACAACAAGCACUGUAUUAUGUGCAUCGCCCUUACUUUCUAGUGAAUUCCAUGGAGGUGCUUCGACGAUCUCUCAGGGGAACACUACAGUUUCUGGCAGUGGUAUUGGUAGCAUGAUGGGAGGUGUCGUUGGAGGAGAUGCUGGUUGGAAACUCUUCGAGGGCUCAUCUUUGGUAGAAGAAGGUGUGGUCAUAUUUGUCACUCAUCAAUCUGCUUUGGUGGCUAAAGUAACUGGUGAUGUAAAAGCAUAUUCACAACUCCCCAAGCCUGAGGGGGUUCGGGAGGGUUCUAUGCCUUAUGCUGCUUGGAAAUGUAUGGCACAGUCGAAUGGUUCUUCCACUGGAAAUGUGCCCAUGCAAGCACCUGAAAAAGUUUCACUGCUUGCCAUUGCUUGGGAUCGGAAAGUUCAGGUAGCAAAGUUGGUGAAAUCAGAGCUGAAAAUAUAUGGGAAAUGGACCCUUGACAGUUCAGCAACAGGGGUGGCAUGGUUAGAUGAUCAGAUGUUGGUGGUUCUCACAUCUACCGGACAACUUUGUUUGUUUGCAAAAGAUGGUACUAUGAUUCACCAGACAAGUUUUGCUGUAGAUGGAUCUCAAGGAGAUGAUCUCAUUGCGUACCACACCUACUUUACUAAUAUUUUUGGAAACCCUGAAAAAGCUUACCACAAUUGUGUAGCUGUAAGAGGGGCUACUACAUAUAUACUUGGACCUAUGCAUCUUCUUGUUUCCCGCCUUCUCCCAUGGAAGGAACGGAUUGAAGUUCUGCAGAGAGCAGGUGAUUGGAUGGGUGCCUUGAACAUGGCGAUGACACUUUAUGAUGGUCAAGCACACGGCGUUAUUGACCUUCCUAGAACCUUGGAUGAUGUACAGAGUGCCAUAAUGCCCUACUUAGUACAGUUGCUUUUGUCAUACGUUGAUGAAGUAUUUUCGUAUAUAUCAGUGGCAUUUGGCAACCAAAUUGGAAAGCUAGAUCAAUCAGAUGACUCAAAGAACAGAAGCAGUUCUGUGCACUCAGAGAUAAAAGAACAAUUCACCCGCGUUGGUGGUGUUGCAGUAGAAUUCUGUGUCCAUAUCAAGAGAACUGACAUCCUUUUUGAAGAGAUUCUUUCCAGAUUUGUGACUGUUCAACAGAAAGAGACAUUUUUGGAGCUUUUGGAACCAUAUAUUUUGAAAGACAUGCUGGGAUCCCUACCACCUGAGAUAAUGCAAGCACUGGUAGAGCAUUAUAGCAUGAAAGGUUGGUUGCAGCGAGUUGAACAAUGUGUUCUGCACAUGGACAUUUCUUCCUUGGAUUUCAAUCAGGUUGUUCGCUUAUGCCGGGAGCACAGAUUGUAUGGUGCAUUGAUAUAUUUGUUUAACAAAGGUCUGGGUGAUUUCAGGGCACCUUUAGAGGAGCUCCUGGUUGUUUUGCGGAAUAGCCAAGGAGAAAGUGCUACUUCCCUUGGGUACAGGAUGCUUGUCUACCUGAAGUACUGCUUUCAGGGUCUUGCUUUCCCCCCAGGACAUGGAACCCUUCCUCCUACACGCCUGUCAUUUCUUCGAAAAGAGCUUUUGCAGUUUCUAUUGGAGGAUUUUGAUGCUUCAAAUUCACAGGCAGUCCCAAACUUGGCAUCCUCUAGAACAUAUCCAAACCUUUAUCAUCUCUUGGAGUUAGAUACUGAAGCUACUUUGGAUGUUUUGAGAUGUUCAUUCGUGGAGGAUAAAGUUCCAAAAUCAGACCAUCCUUUGCAUGAUUCAGCCAAUUCAAAUGUGGAUGCCGCUGAAACAAUUGCCUUAAUGGCUGAAAAGCAGAAUUUGGUCCAAGACAUAGUGAAUGUUCUUGCUCUUGUUCUUGAUGCAGGAGACUUCCAAACAGACGGGUCUACAAGCUGCGAUGAUGGUAGAUCUAUACAAAUUUGGCCUUCAAAGAAAGACAUAGGUCAUAUAUUUGAGUUCAUUGCUUAUUAUGUUGCCUGUCAAAGAGCUAAUGUCUCAAAAGAUAUAUUGAGCCAGAUUUUGGAGUACUUGACAUCAGAGAUAAAUCUUUCACCAAGGCAAAUUAUUGCAACAUUAAAAAGAAGGGAGAAGCAGGUGCUUGCGCUUUUGGAAGUAGUUCCUGAUACAGACUGGGAUGCUUCUUGCUUGUUACAUCUAUGUGAAAAAACACAGUUUUACCAGGUUUGUGGCUUUAUUCAUUCAAUAAGACAUCAUUAUCUUGCUGCUUUGGAUAGCUAUAUGAAAGAUGUGGAAGAACCCAUCCAUGCCUUCUCCUUUAUUUGUGAGACAUUAGUACAACUGAGAGGCAGUGAAUUUGAUGCUUUUCAAUCAGCAGUGAUUUCUCGAAUUCCAGAUCUGGUCAAAUUAAGCAGAGAGGGCACUUUAUUACUAGUUUUUGACCAAUUUGGUAGAGAAAGUCCGCACAUUUUGUCUGAGCUACGCUCUCACCCAGAAAGCCUUUUCCUUUAUCUAAAGACGGUUAUAGAAUCUCACUCAACUGGCACCCUUGACUUUUCUUCUUUGAGAAAAAUGGAUGUCAUUGAUUUUCCUAGUAGAAGGGCGAGGGGUCAGCCAGAUAGAAUUGAGGCUUACUUGGACAGGAUCUCUAAUUUUCCAAAGUGCCUUCGGAAUAAUCCAACUCAUGUGACUGAUGAAAUGAUAGAGCUGUAUCUUGAGCUUUUAUGUCGGUAUGAGCGCAAUUCAGUUCUCAAAUUCCUGGAGACUUAUGAAAGCUAUAGGGUGGAGCACUGUUUACGCUUGUGCCAGGAAUAUGGGAUUAUAGAUGCUGCUGCUUUCUUAUUAGAAAGGGUUGGUGAUGUUGGGAGUGCUCUUCUACUGUUGCUUUCUGAUGUCAACAACAAAUUCAUCAUGCUUGAUGCCGCUGUUGGAAGUAUACUUUCUGAUGGUGGUAUGGAGAAUUUCAAUGCUGUUUUGAAGGGAGACAAGGUGAAUGACAUACUCGACAUAGUGCAUGCCUGUGUAGGACUGUGCCAGCGGAACAGCCCUCGGUUGGAUCCUGAUGAGUCUGAGUCCCUCUGGUUUCGGUUGCUUGAUUCGUUUUGUGAGCCUUUGAUCGAUUCCUAUGAAGGUAAACUGGUUUCUGAAGGAAAAAGGCCCAUGGAAGGUUUAGCUGUAUCAUUGGGUAGGCAAGAAGAUGAAGUGGCAUGCAAAAUUAAGUGGAAGGUCCCAAAAUCCCACAAAGGUGCUCAUAUUUUGAGGAAAUUGUUUUCCAUGUUUAUUAAGGAGAUUGUUGAGGGAAUGAUUGGCUAUGUUCGCCUCCCAACUAUCAUGUUCAAACUCCUCUCUGAUAAUGGUAGCCAGGAGUUUGGUGAUUUCAAACCUACUGUAUUGGGAAUGCUUGGAACAUAUGAUUUUGAAAGAAGAAUUUUGGACACUGCCAAGUGCUUGAUCGAGGAUGAUACAUUUUAUACCAUGAGCUUACUCAAGAAGGGGGCCUCUCAUGGUUAUGCUCCCCGUAGCCUUUUAUGUAGUAUAUGUAACUGUCUCCUCACAAAGAAUUCCUCUGGUUCUAGCAUUCAAGUUUUCAGUUGUGGUCAUGCAACCCAUCUUCAGUGUGAACUUCAGGAAAGUGAGGCAUCACAUAAAGGCUCAUCUGCAGGAUGCCCCAUUUGUAUUCCUAAGAAGAAGGGUCAAAGGUCUAGAAGCAAGUCUGCACUUGCAGAAAACGGAUUGUUGAGUAAGUCUUCAUCAGGACCCCACCAAGCACACAAGGCUAUUUCUUUACACCCAUAUGAAAGUGAUACAUUUGAGAAUUCCUAUGGCAUUCAUCCAAUCUCAAGGUUUGAACUUUUGACCAAUCUUCAGAAAGGCCAGAAAUUGAUCCAAAUAGAAAACGUGCCUCAGCUGAGGCUUGCACCGCCGGCUGUCUACCAUGAAAAGGUGAAGAAGGGAAUUGAUCUUUUAAAAGGAGAAAGUAGCAGUGGUAUCUCCAAAAUCGAAAAAUCAAGUCGAAGCAGGUCGCUUAGGGAGGUGAAAGUAAAAGGAUCAUCAAUUCGAUUCCCGCUGAAACCAAAUAUAUUUGGCCCGAAAGAUGUUCGAUGCAAACAAAGCUUAGCAACACGAACUGUGAUUGCGGAUGAGAGGAACAGAUGA